AUGAACGACGGAAUUCCCACACGCUCUAGUAAAGAGGAAGACUGUGACGACGGCGAGGACGCGACAACGGCGAGGGCAUUUCAACCUUGCGCGCAACGAGCGACGGAGGAGGAGAGCUUUUUCCUCGUCUCGCGGUGGCUCUGGCGAUUACUGUCGUCGCUGGCUCGGGCUGCCGGCAGUGGGUAUGAUGGUGAAAGAAAGAUAGAAGGCUUGAAACUCCUUUACAAGGCCUAUGUUUCAUAUUCUUUCUGUGGUGGUCGCCUAGAAGAUAGUAAGAAUAUUUCAAGGAUCCCAUUAGUUAACUCCAAAAUGGAAUCGUCCAAAAGCAAAUGGCAAGUUCGAGCUUGGAUGGAUACAUUAUACAUUGUCCACAUGAAUUGUUUACUCCAGUCACGGCAUGUGAGGCGCAUAGCCGAAACUCCUUUUAAGUAUUGUUUAGGAAUUAUAGAGCCUAUAGACCUGAACCUGAAAUUGUUGAAACAAUUGGUACGUCGUUGGGUUCCCCAGCAUCAAUCAUUCAGAGUUAGGCAACAAUUGGUUUCUUUCGAUGUGGUUGACGUGGUUAUGACUUUAGGAUUAGGAGUAGGGGGUUUGGAUAUCUCCUUCGAUGAAUCAAUUGUCAGAAAAGUUGGUGAACUGUUUAAUUCCAGUAAAACGAAAGCGAAAGAGUUGAUAACCAUGUUUGAUAAGAUUGUUGGUGAUGAUGAUCUAGAUGUAGAUGUGGUCUGUCGUUUAUGUAAUAAGAAAUUACUGACUGGAAAGAUUGCUGAUUCUAUAAGCAUUAGUGGCAGUGUUGUUGUGUUGCAGCUAUGGGUGUACGAACGCCUAGGUUUGCAUUCUCACUCAUCUUGCAAGGUAUUUCCGCGACUUAAGCGAUUUCGUUCCUUAAAUUAUGGGACCGAAGCAAUAGAUCUUCUAUUUAGGAAAGGCGAGGUACACUUUGAUUGGUACCUUCGAUCCGUUGAGCGUCACAAUCCCAUCAUCCGUAGGGCAUUCAAUAUGGAUGCGGUGGUGAGGACUGAAGAAGCACCUGAAAAAGGUGAAAAUAGUUGUGAAUCUGCACGUGCUGCAAGAUUGGAAAAAGCGUUAAGUGAACGAAGAAAGACUGGAAAUUUUCACCAAAAUAUUCCCGUUGACGAAGCUGGUGUUAAUGUUGUGGGUGAGGGGAAUGAAGGAGGUGUCCAAGAAGCAGUUGUUGAUGAUAUAGUUGCAGACGAAGCAGAUGCUGAUGAAGUAGCUUUUGGUGAAACAGCUGGAGAUGAAGAUGGUGUCCAUGAAGAAGAAACAGCUGCAGCACCUGUUGAUGAAGCAGCUGCAACUGUAGCAGCUGUUCAUGAAGCAACUGUAGAUGAGCAACCUGUUCAUGAAGCAGUUGCAGACGAACAAGUUGUUGACGAAGCUAUUGCAGAUGAAGAUGUUGUUGAUGAAUUACGCCCACAGGAUCCACCAGCUUUCGUUGACAUUGGUGGUGAUGACGAAGAUGAUCAGUUAAUUCCACAUGUACAAUCGUUGCUUGUAGAGCCUUUGACUACUAUUCUUGGUGAUCUAACCACAAGGGUUGAUUUGGAGAAGUUGUACCACUUUAUGGCUCGAAAAGACAUUGUAGUAAGCUAUGUUUGUGAAAUAAUGGGUCAACUAUUGACAACGAGGGACUGUAGCUCCUUAGGGCCUCGAGAAUGUGUUGACAACAUGGUUUUAAUUUUUGCAGCAACCAUGUUUAUGUACUUUGAAAAAAGGUCAACUGGAGUCAUAAAAAGGAUGAUUUUCAGUCCAAUGUUUGCGACCCACUUUCUAAUUGACAAUAAGAGGCGAGUUGCCAAUAGACAUGUGUGGCAACUUAUAGAUUACCAGCCUUAUUUUCGACACGAUCUAGUAAGAGUUCAAGAUUUAUUAUCGGCUGAUUGGGUAUUCAUCCCAGUUGUAAGCAAUAAUCACUGGUGGUGCUAUGCACUGAAGGUCUGCACCAUGAAGUUUUUUGUUAUUGACUCAUUGGAUAAGGGAAUCAGAGGACGUGGUGGGAUUGACCGAAGCAUUGCUAAAAUUAUUCAACGGUUUUGGGGUUUGCUGACUAAUACAUAUGAAGAUUCCAAGAUUGCUUUCAAUGUUGAGCAAGCCAAGAUCCCAGUGCAACCUAACACAUACGACUUUGGAGUAAUCAUGAUGAAAGCCUUGGAAAUAUGGGAUGAAGAGGACAAAUAUGAUGGCAAAAGCAUGCCUGACUAUAGUAAUGAGGAAUUGACUGCCUUUAGAAUGAGGUACAUAUGUGACUGGAUUCUAGAUGCUGAAAACUUGCAAAGAUUGGGAGUUUUGCAGCACUUUGGAUUAGUAUAG